GCUCAAGACGUAUGCCAAAUUUCCAGACGCACCUCAGGAGGAGGCUUCUCUCAGCAAUAGGCUCAAGACGUAUGCCAACUUUCCAGACGCACCUCAGGAGGAGGCUUCUCUCAGCAAUAGGCUCAAGACGUAUGCCAACUUUCCAGACGCACCUCAGGAGGAGGCUUCUCUCAGCAAUAGGCUCAAGACGUAUGCCAACUUUCCAGACGCACCUCAGGAGGAGGCUUCUCUCAGCAAUAGGCUCAAGACGUAUGCCAACUUUCCAGACGCACCUCAGGAGGAGGCUUCUCUCAGCAAUAGGCUCAAGACGUAUGCCAACUUUCCAGACGCACCUCAGGAGGAGGCUUCUCUCAGCAAUAGGCUCAAGACGUAUGCCAACUUUCCAGACGCACCUCAGGAGGAGGCUUCUCUCAGCAAUAGGCUCAAGACGUAUGCCAACUUUCCAGACGCACCUCAGGAGGAGGCUUCUCUCAGCAAUAGGCUCAAGACGUAUGCCAACUUUCCAGACGCACCUCAGGAGGAGGCUUCUCUCAGCAAUAGGCUCAAGACGUAUGCCAACUUUCCAGACGCACCUCAGGAGGAGGCUUCUCUCAGCAAUAGGCUCAAGACGUAUGCCAACUUUCCAGACGCACCUCAGGAGGAGGCUUCUCUCAGCAAUAGGCUCAAGACGUAUGCCAACUUUCCAGACGCACCUCAGGAGGAGGCUUCUCUCAGCAAUAGGCUCAAGACGUAUGCCAACUUUCCAGACGCACCUCAGGAGGAGGCUUCUCUCAGCAAUAGGCUCAAGACGUAUGCCAACUUUCCAGACGCACCUCAGGAGGAGGCUUCUCUCAGCAAUAGGCUCAAGACGUAUGCCAACUUUCCAGACGCACCUCAGGAGGAGGCUUCUCUCAGCAAUAGGCUCAAGACGUAUGCCAACUUUCCAGACGCACCUCAGGAGGAGGCUUCUCUCAGCAAUAGGCUCAAGACGUAUGCCAACUUUCCAGACGCACCUCAGGAGGAGGCUUCUCUCAGCAAUAGGCUCAAGACGUAUGCCAACUUUCAAGACGCACCUCAGGAGGAGGCUUCUCUCAGCAAUAGGCUCAAGACGUAUGCCAACUUUCCAGACGCACCUCAGGAGGAGGCUUCUCUCAGCAAUAGGCUCAAGACGUAUGCCAACUUUCCAGACGCACCUCAGGAGGAGGCUUCUCUCAGCAAUAGGCUCAAGACGUAUGCCAACUUUCCAGACGCACCUCAGGAGGAGGCUUCUCUCAGCAAUAGGCUCAAGACGUAUGCCAACUUUCCAGACGCACCUCAGGAGGAGGCUUCUCUCAGCAAUAGGCUCAAGACGUAUGCCAACUUUCCAGACGCACCUCAGGAGGAGGCUUCUCUCAGCAAUAGGCUCAAGACGUAUGCCAACUUUCCGGACGCACCUCAGGAGGAGGCUUCUCUCAGCAAUAGGCUCAAGACGUAUGCCAACUUUCCAGACGCACCUCAGGAGGAGGCUUCUCUCAGCAAUAGGCUCAAGACGUAUGCCAACUUUCCAGACGCACCUCAGGAGGAGGCUUCUCUCAGCAAUAGGCUCAAGACGUAUGCCAACUUUCCAGACGCACCUCAGGAGGAGGCUUCUCUCAGCAAUAGGCUCAAGACGUAUGCCAACUUUCAAGACGCACCUCAGGAGGAGGCUUCUCUCAGCAAUAGGCUCAAGACGUAUGCCAACUUUCCAGACGCAACUCAGGUGGAGGCUUCUCUCAGCAAUAGGCUCAAGACGUAUGCCAACUUUCCAGACGCACCUCAGGAGGAGGCUUCUCUCAGCAAUAGGCUCAAGACGUAUGCCAACUUUCCAGACGCACCUCAGGAGGAAGCUUCUCUCAGCAAUAGGCUCAAGACGUAUGCCAACUUUCCAGACGCACCUCAGGAGGAGGCUUCUCUCAGCAAUAGGCUCAAGACGUAUGCCAACUUUCCAGACGCACCUCAGGAGGAGGCUUCUCUCAGCAAUAGGCUCAAGACGUAUGCCAACUUUCCAGACGCACCUCAGGAGGAGGCUUCUCUCAGCAAUAGGCUCAAGACGUAUGCCAACUUUCAAGACGCACCUCAGGAGGAGGCUUCUCUCAGCAAUAGGCUCAAGACGUAUGCCAACUUUCCAGACGCACCUCAGGAGGAGGCUUCUCUCAGCAAUAGGCUCAAGACGUAUGCCAAGUUUCAAGACGCACCUCAGGAGGAGGCUUCUCUCAGCAAUAGGCUCAAGACGUAUGCCAACUUUCCAGACGCACCUCAGGAGGAGGCUUCUCUCAGCAAUAGGCUCAAGACGUAUGCCAAGUUUCAAGACGCACCUCAGGAGGAGGCUUCUCUCAGCAAUAGGCUCAAGACGUAUGCCAACUUUCCAGACGCACCUCAGGAGGAGGUUUCUCUCAGCAAUAGGCUCAAGACGUAUGCCAACUUUCCAGACGCACCUCAGGAGGAGGCUUCUCUCAGCAAUAGGCUCAAGACGUAUGCCAACUUUCCAGACGCACCUCAGGAGGAGGCUUCUCUCAGCAAUAGGCUCAAGACGUAUGCCAAGUUUCAAGACGCACCUCAGGAGGAGGCUUCUCUCAGCAAUAGGCUCAAGACGUAUGCCAACUUUCAAGACGCACCUCAGGAGGAGGCUUCUCUCAGCAAUAGGCUCAAGACGUAUGCCAACUUUCCAGACGCACCUCAGGAGGAGGCUUCUCUCAGCAAUAGGCUCAAGACGUAUGCCAACUUUCCAGACGCACCUCAGGUGGAAGCUUCUCUCAGCAAUAGGCUCAAGACGUAUGCCAACUUUCCAGACGCACCUCAGGUGGAGGCUUCUCUCAGCAAUAGGCUCAAGACGUAUGCCAACUUUCCAGACGCACCUCAGGAGGAGGCUUCUCUCAGCAAUAGGCUCAAGACGUAUGCCAACUUUCCAGACGCACCUCAGGUGGAAGCUUCUCUCAGCAAUAGGCUCAAGACGUAUGCCAACUUUCCAGACGCACCUCAGGUGGAGGCUUCUCUCAGCAAUAGGCUCAAGACGUAUGCCAACUUUCCAGACGCACCUCAGGAGGAGGCUUCUCUCAGCAAUAGGCUCAAGACGUAUGCCAACUUUCCAGACGCACCUCAGGAGGAGGCUUCUCUCAGCAAUAGGCUCAAGACGUAUGCCAACUUUCCAGACGCACCUCAGGUGGAAGCUUCUCUCAGCAAUAGGCUCAAGACGUAUGCCAACUUUCCAGACGCACCUCAGGUGGAGGCUUCUCUCAGCAAUAGGCUCAAGACGUAUGCCAACUUUCCAGACGCACCUCAGGAGGAGGCUUCUCUCAGCAAUAGGCUCAAGACGUAUGCCAACUUUCCAGACGCACCUCAGGAGGAGGCUUCUCUCAGCAAUAGGCUCAAGACGUAUGCCAACUUUCCAGACGCACCUCAGGAGGAGGCUUCUCUCAGCAAUAGGCUCAAGACGUAUGCCAAGUUUCAAGACGCACCUCAGGAGGAGGCUUCUCUCAGCAAUAGGCUCAAGACGUAUGCCAACUUUCAAGACGCACCUCAGGAGGAGGCUUCUCUCAGCAAUAGGCUCAAGACGUAUGCCAACUUUCCAGACGCACCUCAGGAGGAGGCUUCUCUCAGCAAUAGGCUCAAGACGUAUGCCAACUUUCCAGACGCACCUCAGGAGGAGGCUUCUCUCAGCAAUAGGCUCAAGACGUAUGCCAAGUUUCAAGACGCACCUCAGGAGGAGGCUUCUCUCAGCAAUAGGCUCAAGACGUAUGCCAACUUUCAAGACGCACCUCAGGAGGAGGCUUCUCUCAGCAAUAGGCUCAAGACGUAUGCCAACUUUCCAGACGCACCUCAGGAGGAGGCUUCUCUCAGCAAUAGGCUCAAGACGUAUGCCAACUUUCCAGACGCACCUCAGGAGGAGGCUUCUCUCAGCAAUAGGCUCAAGACGUAUGCCAACUUUCCAGACGCACCUCAGGUGGAGGCUUCUCUCAGCAAUAGGCUCAAGACGUAUGCCAACUUUCCAGACGCACCUCAGGAGGAGGCUUCUCUCAGCAAUAGGCUCAAGACGUAUGCCAACUUUCCAGACGCACCUCAGGAGGAGGCUUCUCUCAGCAAUAGGCUCAAGACGUAUGCCAACUUUCAAGACGCACUUCAGGAGGAGGCUUCUCUCAGCAAUAGGAUCAAGACGUAUGCCAACUUUCAAGACGCACCUCAGGAGGAGGCUUCUCUCAGCAAUAGGCUCAAGACGUAUGCCAACUUUCCAGACGCACCUCAGGAGGAGGCUUCUCUCAGCAAUAGGCUCAAGACGUAUGCCAACUUUCAAGACGCACUUCAGGAGGAGGCUUCUCUCAGCAAUAGGCUCAAGACGUAUGCCAACUUUCCAGACGCACCUCAGGAGGAGGCUUCUCUCAGCAAUAGGAUCAAGACGUAUGCCAACUUUCAAGACGCACCUCAGGAGGAGGCUUCUCUCAGCAAUAGGCUCAAGACGUAUGCCAACUUUCCAGACGCACCUCAGGAGGAGGCUUCUCUCAGCAAUAGGCUCAAGACGUAUGCCAACUUUCAAGACGCACCUCAGGAGGAGGCUUCUCUCAGCAAUAGGCUCAAGACGUAUGCCAACUUUCCAGACGCACCUCAGGAGGAGGCUUCUCUCAGCAAUAGGCUCAAGACGUAUGCCAACUUUCCAGACGCACCUCAGGAGGAGGCUUCUCUCAGCAAUAGGCUCAAGACGUAUGCCAACUUUCCAGACGCACCUCAGGAGGAGGCUUCUCUCAGCAAUAGGCUCAAGACGUAUGCCAACUUUCCAGACGCACCUCAGGAGGAGGCUUCUCUCAGCAAUAGGCUCAAGACGUAUGCCAACUUUCCAGACGCACCUCAGGAGGAGGCUUCUCUCAGCAAUAGGCUCAAGACGUAUGCCAACUUUCCAGACGCACCUCAGAAGGAGGCUUCUCUCAGCAAUAGGCUCAAGACGUAUGCCAACUUUCAAGACGCACCUCAGGAGGAGGCUUGUCUCAGCAAUAGGCUCAAGACGUAUGCCAACUUUCCAGACGCACCUCAGGAGGAGGCUUCUCUCAGCAAUAGGCUCAAGACGUAUGCCAACUUUCCAGACGCACCUCAGGAGGAGGCUUCUCUCAGCAAUAGGCUCAAGACGUAUGCCAACUUUCCAGACGCACCGCAGGAGGAGGCUUCUCUCAGCAAUAGGCUCAAGACGUAUGCCAACUUUCCAGACGCACCUCAGGAGGAGGCUUCUCUCAGCAAUAGGCUCAAGACGUAUGCCAACUUUCCAGACGCACCUCAGGAGGAGGCUUCUGUCAGCAAUAGGCUCAAGACGUAUGCCAACUUUCCAGACGCACCUCAGGAGGAGGCUUCUCUCAGCAAUAGGCUCAAGACGUAUGCCAACUUUCAAGACGCACCUCAGGAGGAGGCUUCUCUCAGCAAUAGGCUCAAGACGUAUGCCAACUUUCCAGACGCACCUCAGGAGGAGGCUUCUCUCAGCAAUAGGCUCAAGACGUAUGCCAACUUUCCAGACGCACCUCAGGAGGAGGCUUCUCUCAGCAAUAGGCUCAAGACGUAUGCCAACUUUCCAGACGCACCUCAGGAGGAGGCUUCUCUCAGCAAUAGGCUCAAGACGUAUGCCAACUUUCCAGACGCACCUCAGGAGGAGGCUUCUCUCAGCAAUAGGCUCAAGACGUAUGCCAACUUUCCAGACGCACCUCAGGAGGAGGCUUCUGUCAGCAAUAGGCUCAAGACGUAUGCCAACUUUCCAGACGCACCUCAGGAGGAGGCUUCUCUCAGCAAUAGGCUCAAGACGUAUGCCAACUUUCCAGACGCACCUCAGGAGGAGGCUUCUCUCAGCAAUAGGCUCAAGACGUAUGCCAACUUUCCAGACGCACCUCAGGAGGAGGCUUCUCUCAGCAAUAGGCUCAAGACGUAUGCCAGCUUUCCAGACGCACCUCAGGAGGAGGCUUCUCUCAGCAAUAGGCUCAAGACGUAUGCCAACUUUCCAGACGCACCUCAGGAGGAGGCUUCUCUCAACAAUAGGCUCAAGACGUAUGCCAGCUUUCCAGACGCACCUCAGGAGGAGGCUUCUCUCAGCAAUAGGCUCAAGACGUAUGCCAACUUUCCAGACGCACCGCAGGAGGAGGCUUCUCUCAGCAAUAGGCUCAAGACGUAUGCCAACUUUCCAGACGCACCGCAGGAGGAGGCUUCUCUCAGCAAUAGGUUCAAGACGUAUGCCAACUUUCAAGACGCACCUCAGGAGGAGGCUUCUCUCAGCAAUAGGCUCAAGACGUAUGCCAACUUUCCAGACGCACCUCAGGAGGAGGCUUCUCUCAGCAAUAGGCUCAAGACGUAUGCCAACUUUCCAGACGCACCGCAGGAGGAGGCUUCUCUCAGCAAUAGGCUCAAGACGUAUGCCAACUUUCCAGACGCACCUCAGGAGGAGGCUUCUCUCAGCAAUAGGCUCAAGACGUAUGCCAACUUUCCAGACGCACCUCAGGAGGAGGCUUCUCUCAGCAAUAGGCUCAAGACGUAUGCCAACUUUCCAGACGCACCUCAGGAGGAGGCUUCUCUCAGCAAUAGGCUCAAGACGUAUGCCAACUUUCCAGACGCACUUCAGGAGGAGGCUUCUCUCAGCAAUAGGCUCAAGACGUAUGCCAACUUUCCAGACGCACCUCAGGAGGAGGCUUCUCUCAGCAAUAGGCUCAAGACGUAUGCCAACUUUCCAGACGCACCGCAGGAGGAGGCUUCUCUCAGCAAUAGGCUCAAGACGUAUGCCAACUUUCCAGACGCACCGCAGGAGGAGGCUUCUCUCAGCAAUAGGUUCAAGACGUAUGCCAACUUUCCAGACGCACCUCAGGAGGAGGCUUCUCUCAGCAAUAGGCUCAAGACGUAUGCCAACUUUCCAGACGCACCGCAGGAGGAGGCUUCUCUCAGCAAUAGGUUCAAGACGUAUGCCAACUUUCCAGACGCACCUCAGGAGGAGGCUUCUCUCAGCAAUAGGCUCAAGACGUAUGCCAACUUUCCAGACGCACCGCAGGAGGAGGCUUCUCUCAGCAAUAGGCUCAAGACGUAUGCCAACUUUCCAGACGCACCUCAGGAGGAGGCUUCUCUCAGCAAUAGGCUCAAGACGUAUGCCAACUUUCCAGACGCACCUCAGGAGGAGGCUUCUCUCAGCAAUAGGCUCAAGACGUAUGCCAACUUUCCAGACGCACCGCAGGAGGAGGCUUCUCUCAGCAAUAGGCUCAAGACGUAUGCCAACUUUCCAGACGCACCUCAGGAGGAGGCUUCUCUCAGCAAUAGGCAACUCCAGAGAUGCCCCGAGAACACUGUCCCAAGUCUAGAGGAACACCAACUUCAGCACGGCAACUCGAGGAAUGCUCCGUGUACCCCAAAUCGUCUCGAGGUGAGAGGUGAUUCUUGGCUUAGGCUCAAGACGUAUGCCAACUUUCAAGACGCACCUCAGGAGGAGGCUUCUCUCAGCAAUAGGCUCAAGACGUAUGCCAACUUUCCAGACGCACCUCAGGAGGAGGCUUCUCUCAGCAAUAGGCACAAGACGUAUGCCAACUUUCAAGACGCACCUCAGGAGGAGGCUUCUCUCAGCAAUAGGCUCAAGACGUAUGCCAACUUUCCAGACGCACCUCAGGAGGAGGCUUCUCUCAGCAAUAGGCUCAAGACGUAUGCCAACUUUCCAGACGCACCUCAGGAGGAGGCUUCUCUCAGCAAUAGGCACAAGACGUAUGCCAACUUUCAAGACGCACCUCAGGAGGAGGCUUCUCUCAGCAAUAGGCUCAAGACGUAUGCCAACUUUCCAGACGCACCUCAGGAGGAGGCUUCUCUCAGCAAUAGGCUCAAGACGUAUGCCAACUUUCCAGACGCACCUCAGGAGGAGGCUUCUCUCAGCAAUAGGCUCAAGACGUAUGCCAACUUUCCAGACGCACCUCAGGAGGAGGCUUCUCUCAGCAAUAGGUUCAAGACGUAUGCCAACUUUCCAGACGCACCUCAGGAGGAGGCUUCUCUCAGCAAUAGGCUCAAGACGUAUGCCAACUUUCCAGACGCACCGCAGGAGGAGGCUUCUCUCAGCAAUAGGCUCAAGACGUAUGCCAACUUUCCAGACGCACCUCAGGAGGAGGCUUCUCUCAGCAAUAGGCUCAAGACGUAUGCCAACUUUCCAGACGCACCUCAGGAGGAGGCUUCUCUCAGCAAUAGGCUCAAGACGUAUGCCAACUUUCCAGACGCACCUCAGGAGGAGGCUUCUCUCAGCAAUAGGCUCAAGACGUAUGCCAACUUUCCAGACGCACCGCAGGAGGAGGCUUCUCUCAGCAAUAGGCUCAAGAAGUAUGCCAACUUUCCAGACGCACCUCAGGAGGAGGCUUCUCUCAGCAAUAGGCUCAAGACGUAUGCCAACUUUCCAGACGCACCUCAGGAGGAGGCUUCUCUCAGCAAUAGGCUCAAGACGUAUGCCAACUUUCCAGACGCACCUCAGGAGGAGGCUUCUCUCAGCAAUAGGCUCAAGACGUAUGCCAACUUUCCAGACGCACCUCAGGAGGAGGCUUCUCUCAGCAAUAGGCUCAAGACGUAUGCCAACUUUCCAGACGCACCUCAGGAGGAGGCUUCUCUCAGCAAUAGGCUCAAGACGUAUGCCAACUUUCCAGACGCACCUCAGGAGGAGGCUUCUCUCAGCAAUAGGCUCAAGACGUAUGCCAACUUUCCAGACGCACCUCAGGAGGAGGCUUCUCUCAGCAAUAGGCUCAAGACGUAUGCCAACUUUCCAGACGCACCUCAGGAGGAGGCUUCUCUCAGCAAUAGGCUCAAGACGUAUGCCAACUUUCCAGACGCACCUCAGGAGGAGGCUUCUGUCAGCAAUAGGCUCAAGACGUAUGCCAACUUUCCAGACGCACCUCAGGAGGAGGCUUCUGUCAGCAAUAGGCUCAAGACGUAUGCCAACUUUCCAGACGCACCUCAGGAGGAGGCUUCUGUCAGCAAUAGGCUCAAGACGUAUGCCAACUUUCCAGACGCACCUCAGGAGGAGGCUUCUCUCAGCAAUAGGCUCAAGACGUAUGCCAACUUUCCAGACGCACCUCAGGAGGAGGCUUCUCUCAGCAAUAGGCUCAAGACAUAUGCCAACUUUCCAGAUGCACCUCAGGAGGAGGCUUCUCUCAGCAAUAGGCUCAAGACGUAUGCCAACUUUCCAGACGCACCUCAGGAGGAGGCUUCUCUCAGCAAUAGGCUCAAGACGUAUGCCAACUUUCCAGACGCACCUCAGGAGGAGGCUUCUCUCAGCAAUAGGCUCAAGACAUAUGCCAACUUUCCAGAUGCACCUCAGGAGGAGGCUUCUCUCAGCAAUAGGCUCAAGACGUAUGCCAACUUUCCAGACGCACCUCAGGAGGAGGCUUCUCUCAGCAAUAGGCUCAAGACGUAUGCCAACUUUCCAGACGCACCUCAGGAGGAGGCUUCUGUCAGCAAUAGGCUCAAGACGUAUGCCAACUUUCCAGACGCACCUCAGGAGGAGGCUUCUCUCAGCAAUAGGCUCAAGACAUAUGCCAACUUUCCAGAUGCACCUCAGGAGGAGGCUUCUCUCAGCAAUAGGCUCAAGACGUAUGCCAACUUUCCAGACGCACCUCAGGAGGAGGCUUCUCUCAGCAAUAGGCUCAAGCCGUAUGCCAACUUUCCAGACGCACCUCAGGAGGAGGCUUCUCUCAGCAAUAGGCUCAAGACGUAUGCCAACUUUCCAGACGCACCUCAGGAGGAGGCUUCUCUCAGCAAUAGGCUCAAGACGUAUGCCAACUUUCCAGACGCACCUCAGGAGGAGGCUUCUGUCAGCAAUAGGCUCAAGACGUAUGCCAACUUUCCAGACGCACCUCAGGAGGAGGCUUCUCUCAGCAAUAGGCUCAAGACGUAUGCCAACUUUCCAGACGCACCUCAGGAGGAGGCUUCUCUCAGCAAUAGGCUCAAGACGUAUGCCAACUUUCCAGACGCACCUCAGGAGGAGGCUUCUGUCAGCAAUAGGCUCAAGACGUAUGCCAACUUUCCAGACGCACCUCAGGAGGAGGCUUCUCUCAGCAAUAGGCACAAGACAUAUGCCAACUUUCAAGACGCACCUCAGGAGGAGGCUUCUCUCAGCAAUAGGCUCAAGACGUAUGCCAACUUUCCAGACGCACCUCAGGAGGAGGCUUCUCUCAGCAAUAGGCUCAAGACGUAUGCCAACUUUCCAGACGCACCUCAGGAGGAGGCUUCUCUCAGCAAUAGGCUCAAGACGUAUGCCAACUUUCCAGACGCACCUCAGGAGGAGGCUUCUCUCAGCAAUAGGCUCAAGACGUAUGCCAACUUUCCAGACGCACCUCAGGAGGAGGCUUCUGUCAGCAAUAGGCACAAGACGUAUGCCAACUUUCAAAACGCACCUCAAGAGGAGGCUUCUCUCAGCAAUAGGCUCAAGACGUAUGCCAACUUUCCAGACGCACCUCAGGAGGAGGCUUCUCUCAGCAAUAGGCUCAAGACGUAUGCCAACUUUCCAGACGCACCUCAGGAGGAGGCUUCUCUCAGCAAUAGGCUCAAGACGUAUGCCAACUUUCCAGACGCACCUCAGGAGGAGGCUUCUCUCAGCAAUAGGCUCAAGACGUAUGCCAACUUUCCAGACGCACCUCAGGAGGAGGCUUCUCUCAGCAAUAGGCUCAAGACGUAUGCCAACUUUCCAGACGCACCUCAGGAGGAGGCUUCUGUCAGCAAUAGGCUCAAGACGUAUGCCAACUUUCCAGACGCACCUCAGGAGGAGGCUUCUCUCAGCAAUAGGCUCAAGACGUAUGCCAACUUUCCAGACGCACCUCAGGAGGAGGCUUCUCUCAGCAAUAGGCAACUCCAGAGAUGCCCCGAGAACACUGUCCCAAGUCUAGAGGAACACCAACUUCAGCACGGCAACUCGAGGAAUGCUCCGUGUACCCCAAAUCGUCUCGAGGUGAGAGGUGAUUCUUGGCUUAGGCUCAAGACGUAUGCCAACUUUCAAGACGCACCUCAGGAGGAGGCUUCUCUCAGCAAUAGGCUCAAGACGUAUGCCAACUUUCCAGACGCACCUCAGGAGGAGGCUUCUCUCAGCAAUAGGCACAAGACGUAUGCCAACUUUCAAGACGCACCUCAGGAGGAGGCUUCUCUCAGCAAUAGGCUCAAGACGUAUGCCAACUUUCCAGACGCACCUCAGGAGGAGGCUUCUCUCAGCAAUAGGCUCAAGACGUAUGCCAACUUUCCAGACGCACCUCAGGAGGAGGCUUCUCUCAGCAAUAGGCACAAGACGUAUGCCAACUUUCAAGACGCACCUCAGGAGGAGGCUUCUCUCAGCAAUAGGCUCAAGACGUAUGCCAACUUUCCAGACGCACCUCAGGAGGAGGCUUCUCUCAGCAAUAGGCUCAAGACGUAUGCCAACUUUCCAGACGCACCUCAGGAGGAGGCUUCUCUCAGCAAUAGGCUCAAGACGUAUGCCAACUUUCCAGACGCACCUCAGGAGGAGGCUUCUCUCAGCAAUAGGCUCAAGACGUAUGCCAACUUUCCAGACGCACCUCAGGAGGAGGCUUCUCUCAGCAAUAGGCUCAAGACGUAUGCCAACUUUCCAGACGCACCUCAGGAGGAGGCUUCUCUCAGCAAUAGGCACAAGACGUAUGCCAACUUUCCAGACGCACCUCAGGAGGAGGCUUCUCUCAGCAAUAGGCUCAAGACGUAUGCCAACUUUCCAGACGCACCUCAGGAGGAGGCUUCUCUCAGCAAUAGGCACAAGACGUAUGCCAACUUUCAAGACGCACCUCAGGAGGAGGCUUCUCUCAGCAAUAGGCUCAAGACGUAUGCCAACUUUCCAGACGCACCUCAGGAGGAGGCUUCUCUCAGCAAUAGGCUCAAGACGUAUGCCAACUUUCCAGACGCACCUCAGGAGGAGGCUUCUCUCAGCAAUAGGCUCAAGACGUAUGCCAACUUUCCAGACGCACCUCAGGAGGAGGCUUCUCUCAGCAAUAGGCUCAAGACGUAUGCCAACUUUCCAGACGCACCUCAGGAGGAGGCUUCUCUCAGCAAUAGGCUCAAGACGUAUGCCAACUUUCCAGACGCACCUCAGGAGGAGGCUUCUCUCAGCAAUAGGCACAAGACGUAUGCCAACUUUCAAGACGCACCUCAGGAGGAGGCUUCUCUCAGCAAUAGGCACAAAACGUAUGCCAACUUUCAAGACGCACCUCAGGAGGAGGCUUCUCUCAGCAAUAGGCACAAGACGUAUGCCAACUUUCAAGACGCACCUCAGGAGGAGGCUUCUCUCAGCAAUAGGCUCAAGACGUAUGCCAACUUUCCAGACGCACCUCAGGAGGAGGCUUCUCUCAGCAAUAGGCUCAAGACGUAUGCCAACUUUCCAGACGCACCUCAGGAGGAGGCUUCUCUCAGCAAUAGGCACAAGACGUAUGCCAACUUUCAAGACGCACCUCAGGAGGAGGCUUCUCUCAGCAAUAGGCACAAGACGUAUGCCAACUUUCAAGACGCACCUCAGGAGGAGGCUUCUCUCAGCAAUAGGCACAAGACGUAUGCCAACUUUCAAGACGCACCUCAGGAGGAGGCUUCUCUCAGCAAUAGGCUCAAGACGUAUGCCAACUUUCCAGACGCACCUCAGGAGGAGGCUUCUCUCAGCAAUACGCACAAGACGUAUGCCAACUUUCAAGACGCACCUCAGGAGGAGGCUUCUCUCAGCAAUAGGCACAAGACGUAUGCCAACUUUCAAGACGCACCUCAGGAGGAGGCUUCUCUCAGCAAUAGGCUCAAGACGUAUGCCAACUUUCCAGACGCACCUCAGGAGGAGGCUUCUCUCAGCAAUACGCACAAGACGUAUGCCAACUUUCAAGACGCACCUCAGGAGGAGGCUUCUCUCAGCAAUAGGCACAAGACGUAUGCCAACUUUCAAGACGCACCUCAGGAGGAGGCUUCUCUCAGCAAUAGGCUCAAGACGUAUGCCAACUUUCCAGACGCACCUCACGAGGAGGCUUCUCUCAGCAAUACGCUCAAGACGUAUGCCAACUUUCCAGACGCACCUCAGGAGGAGGCUUCUCUCAGCAAUAGGCUCAAGACGUAUGCCAACUUUCCAGACACACCUCAGGAGGAGGCUUCUCUCAGCAAUAGGCACAAGACGUAUGCCAACUUUCAAGACGCACCUCAGGAGGAGGCUUCUCUCAGCAAUAGGCACAAGACGUAUGCCAACUUUCAAGACGCACCUCAGGAGGAGGCUUCUCUCAGCAAUAGGCUCAAGACGUAUGCCAACUUUCCAGACGCACCUCAGGAGGAGGCUUCUCUCAGCAAUACGCACAAGACGUAUGCCAACUUUCAAGACGCACCUCAGGAGGAGGCUUCUCUCAGCAAUAGGCACAAGACGUAUGCCAACUUUCAAGACGCACCUCAGGAGGAGGCUUCUCUCAGCAAUAGGCUCAAGACGUAUGCCAACUUUCCAGACGCACCUCAGGAGGAGGCUUCUCUCAGCAAUAGGCUCAAGACGUAUGCCAACUUUCCAGACGCACCUCAGGAGGAGGCUUCUCUCAGCAAUACGCUCAGGACGUAUGCCAACUUUCCAGACGCACCUCAGGAGGAGGCUUCUCUCAGCAAUAGGCACAAGACGUAUGCCAACUUUCAAGACGCGCCUCAGGAGGAGGCUUCUCUCAGCAAUAGGCUCAAGACGUAUGCCAACUUUCCAGACGCACCUCAGGAGGAGGCUUCUCUCAGCAAUAGGCACAAGACGUAUGCCAACUUUCAAGACGCACCUCAGGAGGAGGCUUCUCUCAGCAAUAGGCUCAAGACGUAUGCCAACUUUCCAGACGCACCUCAGGAGGAGGCUUCUCUCAGCAAUAGGCUCAAGACGUAUGCCAACUUUCCAGACGCACCUCAGGAGGAGGCUUCUCUCAGCAAUAGGCUCAAGACGUAUGCCAACUUUCCAGACGCACCUCAGGAGGAGGCUUCUCUCAGCAAUAGGCACAAGACGUAUGCCAACUUUCAAGACGCACCUCAGGAGGAGGCUUCUCUCAGCAAUAGGCUCAAGACGUAUGCCAACUUUCCAGACGCACCUCAGGAGGAGGCUUCUCUCAGCAAUAGGCUCAAGACGUAUGCCAACUUUCCAGACGCACCUCAGGAGGAGGCUUCUCUCAGCAAUAGGCUCAAGACGUAUGCCAACUUUCCAGACGCACCUCAGGAGGAGGCUUCUCUCAGCAAUAGGCUCAAGACGUAUGCCAACUUUCCAGACGCACCUCAGGAGGAGGCUUCUCUCAGCAAUAGGCUCAAGACGUAUGCCAACUUUCCAGACGCACCUCAGGAGGAGGCUUCUCUCAGCAAUAGGCACAAGACGUAUGCCAACUUUCAAGAUGCACCUCAGGAGGAGGCUUCUCUCAGCAAUAGGCUCAAGACGUAUGCCAACUUUCCAGACGCACCUCAGGAGGAGGCUUCUCUCAGCAAUAGGCACAAGACGUAUGCCAACUUUCAAGACACAGCUCAGGAGGAGGCUUCUCUCAGCAAUAGGCUCAAGACGUAUGCCAACUUUCCAGACGCACCUCAGGAGGAGGCUUCUCUCAGCAAUAGGCUCAAGACGUAUGCCAACUUUCCAGACGCACCUCAGGAGGAGGCUUCUCUCAGCAAUAGGCACAAGACGUAUGCCAACUUUCAAGACGCACCUCAGGAGGAGGCUUCUCUCAGCAAUAGGCUCAAGACGUAUGCCAACUUUCCAGACGCACCUCAGGAGGAGGCUUCUCUCAGCAAUAGGCACAAGACGUAUGCCAACUUUCAAGACGCACCUCAGGAGGAGGCUUCUCUCAGCAAUAGGCUCAAGACGUAUGCCAACUAUCCAGACGCACCUCAGGAGGAGGCUUCUCUCAGCAAUAGGCACAAGACGUAUGCCAACUUUCAAGACGCACCUCAGGAGGAGGCUUCUCUCAGCAAUAGGCUCAAGACGUAUGCCAACUAUCCAGACGCACCUCAGGAGGAGGCUUCUCUCAGCAAUAGGCUCAAGACGUAUGCCAACUUUCCAGACGCACCUCAGGAGGAGGCUUCUCUCAGCAAUACGCUCAGGACGUAUGCCAACUUUCCAGACGCACCUCAGGAGGAGGCUUCUCUCAGCAAUAGGCUCAAGACGUAUGCCAACUUUCCAGACACACCUCAGGAGGAGGCUUCUCUCAGCAAUAGGCACAAGACGUAUGCCAACUUUCAAGACGCACCUCAGGAGGAGGCUUCUCUCAGCAAUAGGCACAAGACGUAUGCCAACUUUCAAGACGCACCUCAGGAGGAGGCUUCUCUCAGCAAUAGGCACAAGACGUAUGCCAACUUUCAAGACGCGCCUCAGGAGGAGGCUUCUCUCAGCAAUAGGCUCAAGACGUAUGCCAACUUUCAAGACGCACCUCAGGAGGAGGCUUCUCUCAGCAAUAGGCACAAGACGUAUGCCAACUUUCCAGACGCACCUCAGGAGGAGGCUUCUCUCAGCAAUAGGCACAAGACGUAUGCCAACUUUCAAGACGCACCUCAGGAGGAGGCUUCUCUCAGCAAUAGGCUCAAGACGUAUGCCAACUUUCCAGACGCACCUCAGGAGGAGGCUUCUCUCAGCAAUAGGCUCAAGACGUGUGCCAACUUUCCAGACGCACCUCAGGAGGAGGCUUCUCUCAGCAAUAGGCACAAGACGUAUGCCAACUUUCAAGACGCACCUCAGGAGGAGGCUUCUCUCAGCAAUAGGCUCAAGACGUAUGCCAACUUUCCAGACGCACCUCAGGAGGAGGCUUCUCUCAGCAAUAGGCACAAGACGUAUGCCAACUUUCAAGACACACCUCAGGAGGAGGCUUCUCUCAGCAAUAGGCUCAAGACGUAUGCCAACUUUCCAGACGCACCUCAGGAGGAGGCUUCUCUCAGCAAUAGGCUCAAGACGUAUGCCAACUUUCCAGACGCACCUCAGGAGGAGGCUUCUCUCAGCAAUAGGCACAAGACGUAUGCCAACUUUCAAGACGCACCUCAGGAGGAGGCUUCUCUCAGCAAUAGGCUCAAGACGUAUGCCAACUUUCCAGACGCACCUCAGGAGGAGGCUUCUCUCAGCAAUAGGCACAAGACGUAUGCCAACUUUCAAGACGCACCUCAGGAGGAGGCUUCUCUCAGCAAUAGGCUCAAGACGUAUGCCAACUAUCCAGACGCACCUCAGGAGGAGGCUUCUCUCAGCAAUAGGCUCAAGACGUAUGCCAACUUUCCAGACGCACCUCAGGAGGAGGCUUCUCUCAGCAAUAGGCACAAGACGUAUGCCAACUUUCAAGACGCACCUCAGGAGGAGGCUUCUCUCAGCAACAGGCACAAGACGUAUGCCAACUUUCAAGACGCACCUCAGGAGGAGGCUUCUCUCAGCAAUAGGCUCAAGACGUAUGCCAACUUUCCAGACGCACCUCAGGAGGAGGCUUCUCUCAGCAAUAGGCACAAGACGUAUGCCAACUUUCAAGACGCACCUCAGGAGGAGGCUUCUCUCAGCAACAGGCACAAGACGUAUGCCAACUUUCAAGACGCACCUCAGGAGGAGGCUUCUCUCAGCAAUAGGCUCAAGACGUAUGCCAACUUUCCAGACGCACCUCAGGAGGAGGCUUCUCUCAGCAAUAGGCACAAGACGUAUGCCAACUUUCAAGACGCACCUCAGGAGGAGGCUUCUCUCAGCAACAGGCUCAAGACGUAUGCCAACUUUCCAGACGCACCUCAGGAGGAGGCUUCUCUCAGCAAUAGGCUCAAGACGUAUGCCAACUUUCCAGACGCACCUCAGGAGGAGGCUUCUCUCAGCAAUAGGCUCAAGACGUAUGCCAACUUUCCAGACGCACCUCAGGAGGAGGCUUCUCUCAGCAAUAGGCUCAAGACGUAUGCCAACUUUCCAGACGCACCUCAGGAGGAGGCUUCUCUCAGCAAUAGGCUCAAGACGUAUGCCAACUUUCCAGACGCACCUCAGGAGGAGGCUUCUCUCAGCAAUAGGCUCAAGACGUAUGCCAACUUUCCAGACGCACCUCAGGAGGAGGCUUCUCUCAGCAAUAGGCUCAAGACGUAUGCCAACUUUCCAGACGCACCUCAGGAGGAGGCUUCUCUCAGCAAUAGGCUCAAGACGUAUGCCAACUUUCCAGACGCACCUCAGGAGGAGGCUUCUCUCAGCAAUAGGCUCAAGACGUAUGCCAACUUUCCAGACGCACCUCAGGAGGAGGCUUCUCUCAGCAAUAGGCACAAGACGUAUGCCAACUUUCAAGACGCACCUCAGGAGGAGGCUUCUCUCAGCAAUAGGCACAAGACGUAUGCCAACUUUCAAGACGCACCUCAGGAGGAGGCUUCUCUCAGCAAUAGGCUCAAGACGUAUGCCAACUUUCCAGACGCACCUCAGGAGGAGGCUUCUCUCAGCAAUAGGCUCAAGACGUAUGCCAACUUUCCAGACGCACCUCAGGAGGAGGCUUCUCUCAGCAAUAGGCUCAAGACGUAUGCCAACUUUCCAGACGCACCUCAGGAGGAGGCUUCUCUCAGCAAUAGGCACAAGACGUAUGCCAACUUUCAAGACGCACCUCAGGAGGAGGCUUCUCUCAGCAAUAGGCUCAAGACGUAUGCCAACUUUCCAGACGCACCUCAGGAGGAGGCUUCUCUCAGCAAUAGGCUCAAGACGUAUGCCAAGUUUCAAGACGCACCUCAGGAGGAGGCUUCUCUCAGCAAUAGGCUCAAGACGUAUGCCAACUUUCCAGACGCACCUCAGGAGGAGGCUUCUCUCAGCAAUAGGCUCAAGACGUAUGCCAAGUUUCAAGACGCACCUCAGGAGGAGGCUUCUCUCAGCAAUAGGCACAAGACGUAUGCCAACUUUCAAGACGCACCUCAGGAGGAGGCUUCUCUCAGCAAUAGGCACAAGACGUAUGCCAACUUUCAAGACGCACCUCAGGAGGAGGCUUCUCUCAGCAAUAGGCUCAAGACGUAUGCCAACUUUCCAGACGCACCUCAGGAGGAGGCUUCUCUCAGCAAUAGGCUCAAGACGUAUGCCAACUUUCCAGACGCACCUCAGGAGGAGGCUUCUCUCAGCAAUAGGCUCAAGACGUAUGCCAACUUUCCAGACGCACCUCAGGAGGAGGCUUCUCUCAGCAAUAGGCUCAAGACGUAUGCCAACUUUCCAGACGCACCUCAGGAGGAGGCUUCUCUCAGCAAUAGGCUCAAGACGUAUGCCAACUUUCCAGACGCACCUCAGGAGGAGGCUUCUCUCAGCAAUAGGCACAAGACGUAUGCCAACUUUCCAGACGCACCUCAGGAGGAGGCUUCUCUCAGCAAUAGGCACAAGACGUAUGCCAACUUUCAAGACGCACCUCAGGAGGAGGCUUCUCUCAGCAAUAGGCUCAAGACGUAUGCCAAGUUUCAAGAUGCACCUCAGGAGGAGGCUUCUCUCAGCAAUAGGCUCAAGACGUAUGCCAACUUUCAAGACGCACCUCAGGAGGAGGCUUCUCUCAGCAAUAGGCUCAAGACGUAUGCCAACUUUCCAGACGCACCUCAGGAGGAGGCUUCUCUCAGCAGUAGGCACAAGACGUAUGCCAACUUUCAUGACGCACCUCAGGAGGAGGCUUCUCUCAGCAAUAGGCACAAGACGUAUGCCAACUUUCAAGACGCACCUCAGGAGGAGGCUUCUCUCAGCAAUAGGCUCAAGACGUAUGCCAAGUUUCAAGAUGCACCUCAGGAGGAGGCUUCUCUCAGCAAUAGGCUCAAGACGUAUGCCAACUUUCAAGACGCACCUCAGGAGGAGGCUUCUCUCAGCAAUAGGCUCAAGACGUAUGCCAACUUUCCAGACGCACCUCAGGAGGAGGCUUCUCUCAGCAGUAGGCACAAGACGUAUGCCAACUUUCAUGACGCACCUCAGGAGGAGGCUUCUCUCAGCAAUAGGCUCAAGACGUAUGCCAAGUUUCAAGACGCACCUCAGGAGGAGGCUUCUCUCAGCAAUAGGCUCAAGACGUAUGCCAACUUUCAAGACGCACCUCAGGAGGAGGCUUCUCUCAGCAAUAGGCUCAAGACGUAUGCCAACUUUCCAGACGCACCUCAGGAGGAGGCUUCUCUCAGCAGUAGGCACAAGACGUAUGCCAACUUUCAAGACGCACCUCAGGAGGAGGCUUCUCUCAGCAAUAGGCUCAAGACGUAUGCCAACUUUCCAGACGCACCUCAGGAGGAGGCUUCUCUCAGCAAUAGGCUCAAGACGUAUGCCAACUUUCCAGACGCACCUCAGGAGGAGGCUUCUCUCAGCAAUAGGCUCAAGACGUAUGCCAACUUUCAAGACGCAACUCAGGAGGAGGCUUCUCUCAGCAAUAGGCUCAAGACGUAUGCCAACUUUCCAGACGCACCUCAGGAGGAGGCUUCUCUCAGCAAUAGGCUCAAGACGUAUGCCAACUUUCCAGACGCACCUCAGGAGGAGGCUUCUCUCAGCAAUAGGCUCAAGACGUAUGCCAACUUUCCAGACGCACCUCAGGAGGAGGCUUCUCUCAGCAAUAGGCUCAAGACGUAUGCCAACUUUCCAGACGCACCUCAGGAGGAGGCUUCUCGCAGCAAUAGGCUCAAGACGUAUGCCAACUUUCCAGACGCACCUCAGGAGGAGGCUUCUCUCAGCAAUAGGCACAAGACGUAUGCCAACUUUCAAGACGCACCUCAGGAGGAGGCUUCUCUCAGCAAUAGGCUCAAGACGUAUGCCAACUUUCCAGACGCACCUCAGGAGGAGGCUUCUCUCAGCAAUAGGCACAAGACGUAUGCCAACUUUCAAGACGCACCUCAGGAGGAGGCUUCUCUCAGCAAUAGGCUCAAGACGUAUGCCAACUUUCCAGACGCACCUCAGGAGGAGGCUUCUCUCAGCAAUAGGCUCAAGACGUAUGCCAACUUUCCAGACGCACCUCAGGAGGAGGCUUCUCUCAGCAAUAGGCUCAAGACGUAUGCCAACUUUCCAGACGCACCUCAGGAGGAGGCUUCUCUCAGCAAUAGGCUCAAGACGUAUGCCAACUUUCCAGACGCACCUCAGGAGGAGGCUUCUCUCAGCAAUAGGCUCAAGACGUAUGCCAACUUUCCAGACGCACCUCAGGAGGAGGCUUCUCGCAGCAAUAGGAAUCCCAAAAUCACUGUGGCUACUGGAAAGGGUCCUUGGGUGCCCUGCCUCACCUCGAGAAGCGUCCCGUUUGCCCUGCCAAGCCUCGAAGAGAUUCCUGAGGUGUCCCUCGUUACUAGACAGGAGUCCUGA